CCCAGAUCUCCAAAGCAGCUCACUGAUUCUUCUCUCCGCUCUCGCUCUCACUGUGCAGAAACAUGAACAAGCACUACUUGUCCAUGAAUGAAGAGCUCCGUAAAGGAGACUAUCUGUUAUCCAACAAUGGAGAGUACAAGGCAGUCUUUCAGGACGAUGGAAACUUUGUGGUUUACGGCUGGAACCCCUUGUGGCAUUCCAACACAGGUCACAUUAACGAUGCCCAGCGCCUCAUCAUGCAAGGAGACUGCAACCUCGCCAUAUACACACCAUCCAAACUUGUGUGGUCCAGCGGCCAAACCCGGUCCAACGUCAAAACCUGCCGCCUGACUUUGGGCAAUGAUGGCUUUCUUCGGAUUGACAAUGACUUUGUGGAGGUGUGGAAAUCCACCAAGAAAACUUAAAAGCAUUGAAGUAAACUCCUAAGCACACUCAGAGCUUCCUACAGUACUGUAUCUGUAACUGUCAGUAAACUUAUCAAUAAAUCAGUAAAGCAAAUCA